GGAGUCAUGGAGAAGCUGUGGCCUUGUCUCCUGGUCCUCAUGAACCUCCCUGGUGCUUUUCUCCAGAUAGACCUGGACGAAAAAGCCUUCGUGUUCCCCAGAGAAUCAGAGAAUUCCUACGUGAUCCUGUUUCCUCAGUUGCAGAAGCCGAUGAAGGCUUUCACCGUGUGCCUGCAGGUCUAUACGGACUUGACGCGCCCGCACAGCCUCUUCUCUUACGCCACCAAGUCACAAAGCAAUGAGAUCCUCCUCUUCAAGGAGAGGCCCGGCUUGUUCAGCGUAUCCGUGGGCGGAUCUGACGCCUUCAUCAAUUUUCCUCAGAAGUUCUACGCGCCUCAGCACUUCUGCGUCACCUGGGAGUCCGUCACGGGGCUCACAGAGCUCUGGGUGGACGGCAAGCCCAUGGUGAGGGCGAGUCUGAGGAGGGGGUACACCGUGGGGUCGGGAGCCAGCAUCGUCCUCGGGCAGGAUCAGGACUCGUUCGGUGGGGGCUUUGAUAAGAACCAGUCCUUGGUGGGCGACAUCGAGGACGUGAACAUGUGGGACUUUGUGCUGUCCCCAAGUCAGAUUCUCACCCUCUACACCACCAGGGCCUUGAGCCCUAAUGUCCUGAACUGGCGGAACCUGAGAUAUGAAACCCGAGGUGAAGUGUUCCUCAAGAAGGAGCUGUGGUCCUGA